AUGGUACGAAUUUUGGCCAAUGGGGAAAUUGUACAGGAUGAUGACCCCCGCGUGAGGACCACCACUCCACAGCAUGGUAGUACACCUCGACAGAGCUUUCUCAACAGGGGCCCUGGUGCUCCCCUGGGGGGCCCUGGUCCCCGCCAGCAGCAAGUGGGGGCCAGGCUGGGAGCUGCUCAGUCCCCUUUCAAUGACCUCAACCGGCAGCUGGUGAACAUGGGCUUCCCCCAGUGGCAUCUGGGCAAUCAUGCUGUGGAACCCGUGACUUCGAUCCUGCUUCUCUUCCUGCUUAUGAUGCUUGGUGUUCGCGGGCUCUUUCUGGUGGGCCUCGUCUACUUGGUGUCCCACCUGAGUCAGCGGUGA